AUGAAACAACAUCGAGCACUCCCAGACGAAAUUUUGCUGCAAGUAUGUAACAACCUAACCUGUUCACCUCUGGAAGAUGUCGCUGCUUUCGCGCUGGUCUGUAAAGGCUGGAAUGCGAUAGCUAAAGACAUCCUUCACUGCAGUAUAAGCUUCGUGAUCACUGGGAGAGAUCGACUUGCACGCGAUGUUGUUGAUUGUGCGUCAUCACUACAGCGUUCAUCAAGCUUGCACCACGUUCGCUAUCUCGAGAUAGCAGGUCCUGGGCCCUACAGUGACGAGAAAAAUGUUCAUCAUCACAGUCCAGGAUGGCGUUUUGUACGUGAGAACGAAUACCUCGGUGACAUCAUGGACGAAACGAUUAUAAAUACACGUUCUCCAACACCUCCGUUUUCUCUGGAGCUCGAUCACCGAAUUGGAGGCCUGAAAGUGUGGGAAACAGUGCCGGAGAGUUCGUGGCAGCCACUGGUCGUGCUAAUCACGCGCAUGCCAGCACUAUCACAUGUGGUACACAACUGUGCCAGUGCCGUACCCCUCAACCUGGUUGCAGCACUAGAGCACCAGCGUUGCAAGUUGCAUGUUAACACGCUAAGAAUCCCCGAGCUUAAUGUUCCACUGGACACAGCGUUCCUUACAUUGAUCACAUCGUCUUCUCUAAAGUCAAUUCGCGCCGCCUACUUUCCUACGUCUAUGCUACUGGGAACGCGUUUGUCAGCGACGGUAGAACUGUGGUAUGACGAAGAAGCUUUAAUGCGUCUCGUCGCUGGCGUCAUACCAAGGCUUACCAAGCUGACUAUACUUCGUAAGCAUGGCGGGAUUUUACCCACAGGAACUUCAAGGGAUCCUUGGGAUGGUAUUCAGGUAUCUGGUCAGGAUCUUCCUGGGUUUUGUCCAGGCAAGCUGAAAGAGCUUGCUCUACUACAUCCCGACAUCAUUGAUCUUGAGAACAUCAGAGCCUGGGGUACACAUGUCACUCUGGAAGUCCUUCAGGUUCUCAAGAUCUCAUCGCCCACCACUGCAGAGGCGUUGUACUACCUCUCUAGCGAAGCUCUGACGCACUUGAGCCAGCUCUCCUUCGCCGUAUACAAAAAACAGUCACGUUCAGACGCAGCUAUACAAGCUGCCAACCAUUUUCUACUCACUCUGCGCCCACUGUCAGUGCUUCGUCUGGACCAGAACGUCCAAGGCUUAUCUUUAGUCCAGAUCGUCGCCCACCACGCAACUUGCCUGCGUAAGCUGUGGCUCUUGCCAGUGAAAGAGCUUAAUUCGCAUAAUUUGGCGUCCGCAGAGUACUAUAUUCCAUCUUUGGAAGUACUUAGUGAAUUGAAAAAGUCUUGUUCUGGCCUCGAGGACUUAGCAAUCAGUGUCCGACGCUCGAGGGGCAAUAAGACUGAGAUCGAUGCAUAUCGACUAUUGGGAUCAUUGCAGAACUUACGUUUCUUAUCUCUUAACCUGGAUGCAUCUGACAUGUCUGUUCUAUGGAUUUAUGAAACUGCAGAACGAGACGAAUACGUGAGAUCUGGGAUCUGGCCACCGCCACCAGACGAUCCAUCUUUCAACGACUUCGACAGAGAAAUCUACCCGAGACCGUUCAUCAAUCACUCUCCCGGUAUUCGCAAUGGGCACAUACGCGACGCUUUUAUCAAUUCGGCGCUUGACGAGCCUCUCGCUCGUGCGAUCUUUAAGGUAAUCUCCUCCACAGGAUCCCCCUCAAGAUCUAAACUCGAGCGAAUGAACCUUUACACUUCAGGUGGUGGCGUUUUCACUACACAGACCUCACUACAUCCGUACAUAGCUAUGAUUGUGAAAGAGCUGAGCCGUUCUUGGGUCCUAGAGCGAUUAAGAAGAGACGGUCGUAGAGAUGAGAUCAUCGCCUGCGAAGCGAGUCAGAUUCGAGCAGGAAUUCCGACUUCGGACACAGAUCCUCCGUGGUCUAGAGCCUUGCAUAAUCCAGAGAGAAAAGUUUUUUCACGCAUUUGGCCAUAUACAGAGGAAACUGAGUGGCGGAAAGCUUGGUAUAGCUUUCCCCUUAUGUCUAACUAG